UGGGCUUUAUUUGCUCGAUACUGUAUAACAGUAAUAUAAUUAAUUUUUACAAAUUAUCCAUUUUUCUGGAAACUUCCAUCAUCACAACGAGAAGAGUACUAAAUUAUCAGUUAAUUUUGUUCAAGGUUUGGACAGGAAGACACUUAAAAUGUUUUACUCAGGUUUACUUUAUACUUGUCUGUAAAUAUAUCCAGCAGCUGCGUUAUCGGCGCCUUCAUAUUGACUCCGGCUUGAUAGCACAUGAUGAAAUGAAGAAUUUGGCAGGUUCUCUCUCUUCUAUAAAUUAUUCUCGAACUUUUAGACGAAAUAACUUAAGGUAUAAGUUAAAUAACAACGUGAAUUAGCGAGACGUGUUGUUAUUUCAAUAGAGGUGUCAUAAGGUGCUCUCUUUUAAGACUCUCUGUUGCUUAGCAACUGUCAAAAUACCGUCUCGUUGAAAUUCAUAGAAAGUUUUGAGAUUUUGUCCCGCUGAGGGUUGUAGAUGGUUGCGAUGGAGUUUGAACGAAAUUGAAAACACUUGGAGCUCAUCAAGACUUCAGUGAAUAGAUGGAGAGAUUGUACGGAGCAAUAGCUAUGAAGAGGUCCGCGAACAAUAGGAAAUCAUUUAUACCACGGUUUUCCGCCGCUCAACUGCGCUUUCGAGACUGUAAUUGUUGAAUGCAGCUUGUAAGCGGGUUGCUACUUGCACGCUUGGUACAGUCCUAAUUUAAAUUUCCGUUCGAUAUAGUUGUUUUAUAAACUCUAGAUUUUAAAAGUGAUAACUUUGUGGAGUCUUUUAAUAGCACGGUGCUGAUCCGUUAUUACCGAGUGUGACUCUAUUCCGGUGUCGCGCCGACCGUUUUGAAGUGGGGUUAUUUUCUAAUAACUUCUACGAUAACUUUAACUCAUUUUCUACGCGAUGGCUGUAGAUGCUUGUAAUAGUGGGACCUUACUGCUGCCAUUUCUCGACGAAUCUGGGUGGAAUCAAGAAUUAAGGGCGUUUGUAUACCUGAUAGCGCUGUUAUGGUGUUUCAUGGGAAUCGCCAUUGUCGCCGAUGUCUUCAUGUGCGCGAUUGAAACGAUUACAAGCAAAACGAAAGAGGUCAAGGUACCAAAACAAGAUAAUCCAAGCGAAAUGGACGUCGUGGAGAUUCGAGUAUGGAAUGACACCGUCGCUAACCUAACAUUGAUGGCUUUAGGGUCAUCAGCGCCGGAGAUUUUACUAGCUAUUAUAGAAAUAGUUAUUCUGAAUAAAUUCGAGGCAGGUAAACUUGGGCCGAGCACGAUUGUUGGCUCGGCAGCGUUCAAUCUUCUCGUGAUCACUGGAGUUUGUGUGAUGAGUAUUCCUACCCAUGAACAGCGUAGGAUCAAAGCUAUCAAAGUGUUUGCAGUGACAGCUAGCUUCUCAAUGUUAGCUUACAUCUGGUUGUAUUUAGCGCUUAGUGCAAUUACGCCCGACGUAAUCGACCUUUGGGAGGCAAUACUCACAUUUCUACUAUUCCCGAUUCUGGUUGUAGUGGCUUACAUUGCCGACAAGGAGUAUUGUUGCCCCGGGAAAGUCCAACCUCAGGAUCCAGGAGUCCUCGAAUUGGCUGAGGGUGCUAAAACACUGUCCACCCCUACACAUGAUCCAGAGGUUGAAAGUUUUAUCAAGGAAGUGAGCAGGAAUCCCGAUCUGUCAGAGGAUGAUGCAGCAAUGCUUGUUGCCGCACAUAUUAAAUCAAGGCAACCAAAGAACUACGGGUACUACCGAGUGGGUGCCAUUAGGGAUCUGGGAGGCAGUCAUAAACUGAGACCAAAGAUGGACCCCAAACUUAGAGUGAUUUACGAAGAAUUGUCGGAGGUUGGUUUUUCUUCAUCUGGAGCUACUGCCAUCAUGAGUCAUGCCUUGGCUGGUAAAGUACAACCUGCUCGUGUGGAGUUUGCUGCUCCGGAAUUUGCUGUCCUAGAGAGCGACAAAAUUGUCAAGAUUGGUGUGAAAAGAUCUGGAAACACGAAAAUUACAGCCAGUGUAAACUAUGAGACUAUAAACGGCACAGCCAUGGCUGGAUCUGACUACGAAGCCAAAAGAGACGUGCUUGUCUUCCAACCCGGUGAAAACUUGAAACAUAUCAACAUUACUAUCAUCGAUGACAAUGAAUGGGAAGAGAACGAAGUUUUCUUCUUGAAAUUGGCCAGAUUUGACUACAAGGACGACACUGUCGAGAUAGGAGAACAAAGCAUUACUGAAGUCACUAUUAUAAAUGAUGACGAACCCGGAACCUUUUCACUGGAGAAUCCAAGCUUUGUAAUUAAAGAGAGUAUUGGGAAAGCUUACAUCAAAGUCAACCGUACCCAGGGUACAGACGGGAGGGUGGAGGUCACUUGGAAAACCACGGAUCAAACGGCAGUAAACGGCAAAGAUUACCAUGGAGGGUCUGGCACGUUGGUCUUUGAACACGGCGAACAAGCAAAAUCAAUUGCAAUAGACAUUAUCGAUGAUAAAGAUUUUGAGAAAGACGAAACGUUUCUUGUAGAACUCAUCAAAACCUCAGCAGGAGCAAAGAUAGGUCAUAUUCGAAGCGCUGCGGUCAAUAUUGUGAAUGAUGACGAGUAUCGCAGAUUAUUUGACCGAGUUGUUGCACUCACUCAUAUAAAUCUCCGCCGUUUGGAGCUGGGGUCCGAGUCCUGGGCGUCGCAAUUCCGUGAGGCGAUGUCAGUAAAUGGCGGAGAUGUGGAAAAUGCCACUGCCAUCGAUUACGUCAUGCACUUCUUCACCUUUGCUUGGAAGGUUAUCUUCGCCAUAAUUCCCCCUUGUACUUGGCUUGGUGGUUGGGUGACAUUUUGUGUCGCUCUAAUGAUGAUCGGCCUAGUCACCACCAUAGUUGGAGACUUAGCCACCAUAUUUGGAUGUCUAAUUGGACUAAAAGAUGAAGCGACCGCCAUCUUGUUUGUGGCUCUCGGCACCAGUCUCCCAGACUUGUUUGCUAGCAAAACUGCGGCGGUGAAUGAGAAGUACGCGGAUGCGUCUGUAGGAAAUGUCACCGGUAGCAACUCUGUGAAUGUUUUCUUGGGACUGGGAUUGCCGUGGGUGAUUGCUGCGAGUUACCAUAUGGCUAAGGGCACAGUGUUCGAAGUGAAGGCAGGGACAUUAUCCACAAGUGUUAUCACAUACAGUUGUUGCGCGGUCUUGUGUUUUGUGCUCCUUUUGGUACGAAGAUAUUCAAAAUUUAUGGGCCGCGCUGAGCUUGGAGGGCCAAAUGUUACCAAAUACGUAUCUGGGGUCUUCUUAAUAUUUUUAUGGUUCGUUUACGUUUUAAUUUCUUGCCUCGUUAUUUAUGAGAUAAUCACAUUUUAAAGCAAUGUUUUAUUCAAUGUAAAUACGCAAGGAUCGUAACAAAGAGGCAGUUAUUUAAAUUAUUCCACGAC